CGUUCGAUGAGUCUUCUUAACCCUUUUAUACGUUCAGUAUUAACGAAAUAUUAACCUUAUAUAUAUUAUAAAUCUUGUGUAAUAUAUCUCAAGAUCAUUCAGUAAAAUGAGAUUCCUCUCUUGUUCGAUGAUUUAUCUUUUUCUUGUUUUACAACUACAAACACUUCUGGUUUCGUCUGAAAACAUCAUAAAUGGAUCUAUUCCUGUCGGAGAAUCUCUUACAGCUUCAGAGUCCCAACAAUUCUCUAGCUCAUGGCGCUCCCCUUCCGGUGACUUUGCUUUCGGGUUCCGCAAGAUCCAGCCUAACGAUGGUUUCACUCUCUCCAUUUGGUUCGACAAGAUUCCUGAUAAAACCAUCGUGUGGCACGCACAAGCAGUCAACACAACCACCGGUCUUGUCCCUGAGGGUUCGAAGGUUACAUUAACACCAGAUCGCGGUCUGGUCAUCACAGACCCUCGAGGUCAACAGCAUUGGAUUUCUUCACUUCCUCCAGGUAGUGGCUCUGUUUCUCGAGGGCUCAUAACCGACGCCGGAAACUUCCGGUUCCUGAGCAAAGAUUCCGGCGAAGAUUUGUGGUUGAGCUUCGAUCAUCCCACCGACACUCUGUUGCCUACUCAGAGUAUAGAGAUUGGAAGUAAUCUCUCAUCUCGCCUAACGGAGACAAGUUUCAAGAAAGGAAGAUUCAGGCUACAUCUAGGUGACGACGGAGAUCUUAAACUUCUCGUUCUCAACUCCAAGUCUCUAGCGGAAACAGAUGUAUACUUCUCCUACUACGAAAGCGGCACGACGGAACCUAACCCCGGGACUAGAUUAGUUUUCAACCAGUCAGGCUACAUGUAUGUUUUACGAAGCGAUAACGCAACAAGAUUUGGUAUCAAAGAAAACGUUCCCGUAUCCUCUGGAGACGUAAUCGCCGCGCCGUUCUACAUUUCGACGGGGUUUUCGCUCAGUACCAUCACUCCAAAGAGCAGGGGAGCAACGGGUGGGAGUUGGCUUGGGCUGUCGGAUAAUAUAUGUGAGAAGAGCUCCGAAGAAGCUCUUGGUAAUGUAGCUUGUGGGUUUAAUAGUAUAUGCAUUUUGGGUGAUGAUCAGAGGCCGAAGUGUCAGUGUCCCGAGAAGUUCUCGUUGAUGGAUCCUAGUGACGAGUACGGUGACUGCAAACCGGAUUUUGAGAUGCAGACUUGUGGACCAGAGAAUAACGAAACUGAAAACGUGCAUGUUAAUGCUUACGAGCUUAUGCGUGUAGACCGCACGAACUGGCCGUACGGGGAUUACCAGAGGUACAAAAACUAUGAUGAAGACACGUGUAGAAAUGCUUGUCUUAGCGACUGUUUCUGUGCUGCUGUUGUUUACGGAAAUGAUCGAGUAUGUUGGUUGAAGAGGUUUCCAUUGUCUUUUGGACAGAGAGCACCUAAUGGUAAUCACGAUGAUGGACGUGAUAGCUAUACACUCAUUAAAGUUUUAAAAGGCGUUGUGGAUUUUCCAGUUACCAGAUACAGAGGGAGAAACAGCGGCUGGUUGAUCAUCGCUUGUUCGGUUUUGCUUGGAACUUCAGCUCUUUUUAAUUUCAUAUUACUUGCUCUAUAUAGAAGGAUGAAUAAGAGGGAGAAGAGGAAGAAGAAACGGAGUCAAGCUAGAGAUAUCGGUCCCGCGACAUCUAUCGCAGUUGAGUUGAAUCUGAGGGUCUUUACAUACAGAGAGCUCGUGGUGGCUACAGGAGAUUUCAUGGACGAGCUUGGAAGAGGAGGUUUUGGGAUCGUUUACAAAGGAUUUAUAAAAAUUUGUGGUGGUGAUGAAGUUGCCGUGGCUGUCAAGAAACUAGACCGUGUUGCUCAAGAAAACGAGAAAGAGUUCAAGAAUGAGGUUAAAGUGAUUGGUCAGAUCCAUCACAAGAAUCUAGUGAGGCUGAUUGGCUUCUGCAACGAAGGACAUAGCCGUUUGAUAGUCUAUGAGUUCAUACCACACGGGACACUAGCCGAUUUUCUCUUCAGGCGUCCGAGACCGAGCUGGGAAGAUAGGAAGAGGAUCGCGGUUGGGAUUUCUCGCGGAAUAUUGUAUUUACAUGAAGAAUGUAAGGAGCAAAUCAUACAUUGCGACAUAAAACCACAGAACAUACUUCUAGAUGCGUCUUACAACCCUAGAAUCUCGGAUUUUGGUCUAGCAAAGCUUCUGAUGAUGAACCAAACGCAUACGCUCACCAACAUCCGCGGAACAAAAGGGUAUGUUGCACCUGAGUGGUUCAGGAACAGUCCCAUUACAUCCAAAGUAGAUGUCUAUAGCUACGGAGUCAUGCUUUUAGAAAUCGUGUGCUGCAAGAAAGCCGUCGAUCUUGAUGAAAGCGUGAUUCUCAUCGAUUGGGCUUACGAUUGUUUCCGAGACAGGAGGUUGGAGGAUCUAAUCGAAGACGAUUUGGAGGCGAUUGAGGACAUGGAGAUGGUAGAGAGAUAUGUGAAAAUAGGGAUAUGGUGCAUACAAGAAGAAUCAGGAUUGAGACCUAACAUGAGAAAUAUUACACAGAUGCUUGAAGGUGUGACUCAAGUUCGUGAUCCUCCAAACCCUUGUCCUUAUAGUGUAUUGUCUUGUGAUGAGUAUCUGUCUUGUGGUCCAGUGUAAUGAGUGUAAAGGAAAAAUGUGUACCGUAAAGGGAAAAUGUGAAUCACAAAAAUGAGUUACAUUUCA